AUGGAGGUUUCAAUCGAACGGAUCAACCUUAAUUGGCAGGAUGAUUCACAACAAAAAUGUGAAGGGAAAAUCAGCAUAUGUGACAAUGAUGAUGACAUGAAGAAAGGUCAAGUCAUGCAAAAUUGGCUCUCAUUAGGAAUUAGAGGUGGCAACAGAUGGCUGAAAGAAGGCUGGAAAUGUUUGGCCACGCAAAUGAGAACAGGAGUUGAUCCUUUAAGAAGAGUAGUAUGUUUAAACAAGGGACAAGUAAUGAAGAUAAAAAAUGUACAAGAUUCGUUGGUACUUUAUUGGAGCAUAUUGCCUGGUAGAGCAAAGUGGGAAACAAAGAGGAAAAGAUUCAUGCACUUGAUAUAUAUUCCGCUAAGGAACUGUGAUGUUGACUUGAGACCUAAAACUGCAAUUCUAUGGAGGACAAUAUUACUGACACCUUUUAAGCUCAUCACAGUAUUUCUUCAUGAAGCAAGCCAUGCAAUUGCUUGUAUGCUCACAUGUGGUAAGGUGGAGGGAAUUGAGGUUCAUGCAAAUGAGGGUGGGGUUACCAAAACACGUGGUGGUGUAUAUUGGUUGAUCUUGCCUGCUGGAUAUCUUGGUUCAUCAUUUUGGGGAAUGGUUUUCAUACUUGCAUCCACAAAUCUUAUCAGUGCAAGAAUUGCUGCUGGUUGCUUUAUUGUUGCUCUGCUUGUUGUGCUCUUCAUUGCUAAAAAUUGGACACUGCGAGGACUUUGCAUCGGUUUUAUCAUUUUUAUUGCAAUUAUUUGGGUUCUGCAAGAGAAGACCACAGUCCGUAUCCUUCGGUACAUCAUUCUCUUUAUUGGUGUUAUGAACAGUCUGUUUUCGGUUUAUGAUAUUUAUGAUGAUCUAAUAUCUAGAAGAGUUAACUCCAGUGAUGCUGAGAAGUUUGCAGAAAUUUGUCCCUGCCCUUGUAAUGGAGCUGCAUGGGGAGUCAUAUGGGGAAUGAUAUCUUUCAUAUUUCUUGGUGGAGCCAUAUACCUUGGUCUUGUCAUUUUGUCUUGA